CAUCUUUUCUCCGGGCGGGAAGCGCCCGCUACGAUCGCCAGCCUGGGCAGUGGUGGCCAUGUUAAGUUCGGGCAAAGACUUGGCUUCCGGGCCCGGUUUCCGCAGCCGGCUUCCUGCCGUGGGCAGUCCGCUCAGUUCCGCGGGGUCCUGCGGAGAGGAGAGGUUCAUGAAGUUUAAAGCUCUACAUGGCUGGCAAGAAGUCAUCGGGCAGGCGGUCAUGGCCGCUUCUGGGGCUACUGGUCACUGUAGCCACCAUCCACCUGGUUGCAUGUCCCUACACCAAGGUAGAAGAGAGCUUCAACCUUCAGGCCACACAUGACCUCCUGUACCACCAGCUGGACAUAGACAAGUACGACCACCAUGAGUUUCCUGGAGUUGUUCCCCGGACGUUCCUCGGGCCGCUGGUGAUCGCAGCGUUCUCCAGCCCCGUGGUUUAUGUGCUCUCUCUGUUGGAAGUAUCCAAAUUUUAUUCUCAGCUGAUAGUCAGAGGAGUCCUUGGGCUUGGUGUGAUUUCUGGACUCUGGACAUUACAAAAGGAAGUGAGACAGCAGUUCGGGGCCACGGUGGCUGUCAUAUUCUGCUGGAUAUCAGCCACACAGUUUCAUCUCAUGUUCUACUGUACGAGGACACUCCCCAACGUGUUGGCCCUGGCUGUGGUCUUACCGGCCCUCACAGCCUGGUUGCAGCGGAGGUGGGCCCUGUUUGUCUGGCUCUCAGCCUUCGUCAUCAUUGGCUUCAGGGCUGAGCUGGCCAUGCUGCUGGGCAUUGCGCUGCUGCUGACCUUGUACCAAAGAAGACUGACGGUGGCCAGAGUGCUCCGACACGCCAUCCCAGCAGGGCUUCUCUGUCUAGGGCUGACGGUUGCUGUGGACUCCUAUUUCUGGCGAUACCUUGUAUGGCCGGAAGGAGUGGUGCUUUGGUACAACACAGUCCUGAACAAAAGUUCCAACUGGGGCACUUCCCCACUCCUGUGGUAUUUCUACUCAGCCCUGCCCCGAGGCCUGGGCUGCAGCCUUCUCUUCAUACCCCUGGGUGCAGUGGACAGGAGGACCUAUGCACUGGCCCUGCCAAGCCUGGGAUUCGUGGCUUUAUACUCACUCCUCCCACACAAGGAGCUGCGGUUCAUCAUCUAUACCUUCCCUGUCCUCAACAUCAUGGCUGCCAGAGGCUGCACCUAUAUGUCUCCCAGGUAUGACAAGAGCGAAGAUGUAGGAGCAGCGGCCAUGCUGAACUACACCCACAUCCUCAUGGAGGCAGUGCCUGGGCACCUGGUCCUCUACAGGGACACACAUCAAGUCCUGGCCAGUAUUGAGGGUACUACAGGUAUAAGCCUGAAUUUGAUGAAACUGCCACCCUUUGAUGUCAACCUGCAAACAAAGCUAGUACUUCUAGAGCGGCUGCUUAGGCCAGCCUGAGAGGACAGGAGAUCUCCAGGAACAUCGAGUGUGGUCACCUUCUAAUGCAGUGAAGACAAUUCAAGAAAACAGCAAAGACCAGGGACUUCCAGCGUGCCUACAGCAUGCCUGGUGUUGGCCUAUAUCAGGCUGACCUGGGCCCUACAGUAGCCACACCUAAGGCACAGGGCUGAGAAUGUGGAGGACAGACCACCAAGUGUGAUAGUGGCCUGCUCAAACUGUCCGCUACGGUUAGGUGGCCCACAUUCAUACUGGGAACCAUUCAUAACUAAGGACAGUGAGUCAGGCUAGAACACCCUGGCUCCCUAGCUCUGCAGUGACCCUCAGUGUAUGUUUCUUGCCCCUGAAAACCACACUUGUUGCCCAUGGCCUCAGGAGACCACGAUAUAAACCAGGUCUGUACAGGACAGACACACACAUACACACACAUACACACACACACCACCACCACCAAUCAUGGCAGCUGUUAUAGUCCGAGGCAUGUUAUCUCCAUUUCAGAUUAACUCUGAGGACAUACAUAUGUUCAUAAAAGAAUGGAAAUAAAAAUUAUGUUUUCUUA